UUAGUUAAACAGAUCAAUAAAAAAUGGCUAGUGGAGGACACACGUGGCCCAACAGCCAGGACGACUAUGAACUGCUGGAAGUGAUCGGCGUGGGCGCCACGGCCGUAGUUCACGCUGCGUAUUGCCAGCCGCGUGGCGAGAAGUGUGCCAUCAAACGCAUUAAUCUCGAGAAGUGGAAUACCUCCAUGGACGAGCUCCUCAAGGAAAUCCAGGCCAUGUCUAGUUGCAACCAUGAGAAUGUGGUCACCUACUACACAAGCUUCGUAGUCAAAGAGGAGCUGUGGCUUGUACUGAGACUGCUCGAGGGCGGCAGUCUGCUAGACAUCAUCAAACACAAGAUGAGAAUAUCCAACUGUAAACACGGGGUAUUUGACGAAGCCACUAUCGCGACCGUUCUUAAGGAGGUACUAAAAGGCCUCGAGUACUUCCACCAGAAUGGGCAAAUUCACAGGGACAUCAAAGCGGGAAACAUCCUUCUCGGCGACGACGGGACUGUGCAGAUCGCCGACUUCGGCGUAUCAGCGUGGCUAGCCACCGGACGAGAUUUGUCUCGGCAGAAAGUGCGCCACACUUUCGUCGGCACGCCCUGUUGGAUGGCGCCAGAGGUGAUGGAACAGAAUCACGGUUACGACUUCAAAGCCGACAUAUGGUCGUUCGGCAUCACCGCAAUAGAAAUGGCCACCGGCACCGCGCCCUAUCACAAGUAUCCGCCGAUGAAGGUGCUCAUGCUCACGCUACAGAACGAUCCGCCAACGCUCGACACAGGCGCCGAGGAGAAAGAUCAGUACAAGGUAUACGGCAAGACGUUCAGGAAGAUGAUAUCGGAGUGCCUCCAGAAGGAUCCGGCGAAGAGGCCGACCGCCACGGAGCUGCUGAAGCAUUCUUUCUUCAAGAAGGCCAAAGACAGGAAGUACCUAGUGCAGACGCUGGUGGCGAUCGGGCCGAGCAUGGAAACGCGCGUGCACAAAGCUAGCAAGCGGCAGCCCGGCGCCUCGGGCCGUCUGCACCGCAUGGAGACGGGUGAGUGGGUGUGGGAGAGCGAGGACGAGGACAACGACGACGACGACGCCGAGCGCCGCGACCGGCCUAUGAAUCAGCUGGCGCGCGCCGCGUCCUCCGACAGCGACAGCGAGGACGAGCCCGAGGCCGCGGCGGGCGCCGGCGCCGCCUUCACCAUCGGCUCGCUGGGCUCGGGCAGCGAGCCGCCGCAGAUCAACCUGGUGCUGCGCAUGCGCAACGCGCGCAAGGAGCUCAACGACAUCCGCUUCGAGUUCGCGCCCGGCAAGGACUCGGCCGACGGCAUCGCCACCGAGCUGGUGGGCGCGGGGCUGGUGGAGAAGCGCGACGCGGCGGCCAUCGCGGCGCAGCUGCAGCGGCUGGUGGACGCCACGCUGUUCCCUGCAGGGCCCGCGCCCGCGCCGCGCGCCGCCACCUUCCGCCUCGACUCGGCCGACCCCAGCGAGCCCGCCGACGAGCAGGGCCUCGUGGGCUUCGCACAGAUCUCCAUCAUCGACUGACAGGGUUCCCCGCCCACCGGCAUCGACGUCGCCGGGUUCCACUCGGAAUAGGGCAUCCGCGCCCGGGCCGUCCGCGCUUCGUGUCUCGCUAGGCCGAGAGGUUCGACGUGGCGGUCGAUCGUUUCAACGUGUGCGUGCCUUUCCUGUAAUCUAGUUAAGCACUGUACCGCGUUAUAAUUAAGCUGUAAUUUAAGUAUCUUCAAUAAUUAUUAUUUUAUGGGUGGAUAUGGACUAGUUAUAUUGUUUAUAGCUCAAAUGUAUGUAUAAUUUUACAUGAUGACCGUAAGGGUGAAUCUGAAUUUAUUUGUGAUUAUUGUUUUAUUUUGCUGCUUUGUAUUUCAAACACUGUAAUUUAUUAUGGUUUAUUUUGUCGUAUUACUUACAAAAAUAAUAUAAUAAUGAAAACAAAAAAUUUAAAAAGUGGCAACAAUGGAAUCACUCAUAACAAUUUUAGUAAUUUUGUAAGUGCCAUACUAGGAGAUUAAAUAACAUCGUAAAGUUCCUGCAACAUCGUCAUAAUCAUAAAGAAAUCCUAACAUGAAGUUACUACAAAACGUGCUAGAUAUAAAUGCUUUCCCCUUGCAUAAAGGGCAAAGUUGAACGACCCCAAAUACUGGAAAUGAAUCAGUGCCAUUCGGUAUUUAAAUAUUUUUCAGCAAAAAUUUGAAGGGCCAACUUAAAUCAAUAUUCUGAGACCUCCUUUCGCAGGGUGCAUUUGCGACUUAAUAGCG